GCUUCAGCUCCAGGGGAGACCAUGGAGGAGGGCAGCUCCUGCAGCAGGAGCAGGGAGAGACUGGGGUUGAGAUUCACCAUUGACUACCUGCUCUACAACAAGGGGGACAAGCAGGGGACCAGAGAUUACUCUGAGAGCCCUAUUGACAAGAAGAAGCAGAUGGAGGAGGUAGAGGAGAAGGAGGAGGGGGAGGAGGAGAAGAAGGAGGAGGUGCUAAGUCCACGGGACUCCUCAGACCGAGAAUGGAGGAGCCCCAAAUGCCAGGGGGUGGAGCUUGAGAGUUCAGACCAGGAGAACCAGGAAGUGGAGGUGCCCGAGGAAGAGAAUCAGAACAACAAAGGGAGCCUGGAGGAGGACAAACCCGUCCAUUCCUACAUUGCUCUCAUCUCCAUGGCGAUCCUGUCAUCCUUGGAGAAGAAGCUUCUACUGUGUGAUAUCUACCAGUGGAUCAUGGACCAUUAUCCCUACUUCAAGAGCAAGGACAAGAACUGGAGGAACAGCGUCCGCCACAACCUCUCCCUGAACGAGUGCUUCAUGAAAGCCGGCCGCAGCGACAACGGGAAGGGGCACUUCUGGGCCGUCCACCCCUCCAACUACCGUGACUUCUCCAACGGGGACUACCACCGCCGCCGAGCGCGAAGGAGGAUCCGCAGGAUGGGGGCCCAGCCCCCCUAUGCCCCCUUAGGCACCCCCGGACCCUACUGCUCCCCCCUCCCCCGGCUCCGGGGCGCUGGGGGGCCCUGCUGGCCCCCACCCUCCAGGCCCCCAUCCUCCAGGCUCCCCAUCCUCCAGGCCCCCAUCCUCCAGGCCCCCAUCCUCCAGGCCCCCAUCCUCCAGGCCCCCAUCCUCCAGGCCCCCAUCCAGUUUGGCCCCCAUCCAGUUUGGCUGAGGGGUUGA